AUGUGGAGGAUAGGGAAGGCGCUCACGGACCCGGUUAAGUCGCCGCCCGUUAUGGUGUUCUACGGCGCGACCGGACACGAGGGCAAGAGCAUGCUCGCCACCAACAUCACGAGGAUACUCGGCGACGCGGUGAGGUGGCUCAGCAAGGACUUGUUCGGGUUCAAGGGCGCGCGGCCGGAGGCGGACAUGGCCCUAUGCGAGAAGCGGAUCCUAGUGUGCGACGAGUGUAAGCCCAAGGACCGCUUCUCGUACAACAACAUUAAGAGGUGGACGUCCGAGGCCCUAAUCGCAAUGAAGGAAUUGGUCGGCUACCUCUGCCAGAGCGCGAUUAUCGUAACGAACGAGAUCCCUCUCUACGAGAUCACCGACACACCUGCCAACGAUGAUUCACCAGCAUCCUCCAAGGUGCAGCUUUUCUUCUAA